AUGACGACCUCCGCUCUCUUGUUCGUGGUCCUACUUGUUCUCAGCAUUGGGGCUUCGCCAAUGGUAUUGGCACAACAAGAUGCCACUGAUCUCUACGUUGAUCUGUCCUUUACAUGCCCAGUGACAACCACCUGCCCUCAGGUUUGCUCUCCAACUUAUGAUGACUGCCCUGAAGAUCUCAAGUGCAACCAUGUCAAUGAGACCCUUUGUGCUGAUGGAUCUUGUGCAGUUUUUUGUGAUCCAAGCUUGACAUCUCCCUGUGAGGAGAUCAGUUCAUGCUCUCCUGUGACCUGUGCCUCAAAGAUCGCCUACUAUGAUGCCUGCUUUGAAGACUAUGGGCCAUGCCAACGUGUAUGCCCGGUGGAAGGCUCUACAGUUGCCAUUGAUACCAAAGAAGAAGAUGGGACAAUUAGGAAGACCACCCAAACUGGGUACAAGUGCCAUCUCGUUGGAAGCAUUCUCUACCUGUUGACCUUGAUGACAUUCUUUGGGUGGUUUGCUCUUCUGUUUGUUUGCACCCACUUGAUCACCACAAUGGAAGAUGAUGAUCUAACCAUGGCCUUGAAGACAUUCUGUGUUGUCUGGGUGACAGGAUUUAUCUGGAAUGUUUCCCUCCUGUGGCCAUACAACAUUCAGUCACUCUUUUUGCGCCGUUGCCACCUUGACGAUGCCACUUAUGUGGCCAUCUUCCAUGAGCGAAAUGGCAAACACGAAGAAUGGACCAAUGAGCAAGAGGAGGAUCAAGAUGCUCACCAACGGUGCCCAUCAUUUAUCAUGGCCAUUGUGGAUGCUGUCCAAGCAAUGGCUUAUGCUUACUUCAGUUUUCUGUUUGCUGAUCAAAACUGCCGUCCUGAUUACUCACUCGGGUUCUUUGACAUUUGCCCAGUGCAAUACAAUGAAGAUGGAUCGAGAUACAUGGUCUUCCUUUUCCGGCGCUACAACUUCCAAAAACUCUCCGGUACAUAUGAGCCUGGGUUCUGGGCCAUGGGAAAGACCUUUCAAGAUCUUAGCCCCAGAGGCAUCAGUAUCAUUGAGCAAGCUGAAGCCACACUGGAACGAAUCAUGUUGAUGGAUGAGGAAUCAGAAGAUGUGGACAUUGAUGAUCAGCCAAAGCCUCCAAUUUGGCAUGGCAAGGGUCUUUCAGAUAUGGAUGUUCAGGAACGUUUUCGUGCAGUGGGACCAAAUGUUUUGGAGAUUCCACCUCCUUCACUCUUCACAAUCUUCACUGAAGAGAUUGCCAAGCCUUUCUACAUUUAUCAGGUUUACAUCGUUUGGAUUUGGGCCAGCGUUGACUACUUGUACGCGACAGUAUGCCUUUGGUUCAUCAUCUUGCUAACAGCUACCGUGAUUUCUUGGUUCCGCUAUCGAGGAGCUCAAGUUCUGUAUACAAUCUCCCAUGUCUCUGACCAACCUGCCGCCGUCCUUCGGGAUGGCAAGUUCAAGAUGGUGGACCAAAGAGAGCUUGUUCCUGGUGAUAUUGUGCAGGUUGAAGCUGGAAAGGCACAUUGUGACAUGGUUUUGUUAACAGGUGAAUGUGUGCUGGAUGAGAGUGCACUUACUGGUGAGGCCACACCUCAAGCCAAGAGUCCCAUUGAUCCCCACAGUCGCCAAGUUUAUGAUCCUGCAGUUCACAAGAGAAUGACACUCUCAGCUGGGACUACUGUCCUUGAGUGUGAAGAAUCUCUGGCUCUUGUUAUGAAGACAGCCUCUAACACAAGCAAGGGGGAACUGAUGCGAGAUGUUCUUGUCUUCCGAAAACACACUCUUCAGCACCGCACAGAACUCCCCAUUGCUAUUUCCAUCCUAGCCACGUACAGUUUCAUCUGCUUUUUAAUUGUACUUUUCACAUCUGGUGGUCAACCCACCAUAAUGUCCUGGUUCUUGGGGGUGUGUACAUUUUCCAAUGCAUUCCCCCCUCUUCUUCCUACAACAUUCAUCAUUCCAGUUGGAUUUGCAUUCGAGCGACUUGCAAGGCAGGGAGUUGCUUGCUCCAAUUCUGAUAGCAUCUUGAUUGCAAGCCAAGUGAAUGCCGCAUUCUUCGACAAGACUGGGACCUUGACCAAACAGGGAUUGGAUUACAUUUCAGCUAGGAGUGCAGAUAGUUGGACCUGUGGGCAGUGGACUUCUGAUACCAUGGCCUUGGCAAUGUCUGUCUGCCAUUCCCUGACCAAAUCCAAGCUUGGCACAAUUAUUGGCAACCCUGUGGACCGUGCCAUGUUUGAGGCCAGUGCAGGGGAACUUGUUGAAGCUUCAGGUGUAACCGCCAAAGUCAAGACCAAAAAUGGAGAGACAUUUGAUGUUCUCCGCAGAUUUGAUUUUGACCACAAUCGCAUGACACAGUCAGUGAUUGUUAGACAGUCAGGUGGUACAAUCUGUGUGAUUGUGAAAGGUUCUGGCGAGAAAGUAAGCAUGCUCUGUGACCCUGACACAGUGCCAUCCACAUUUGAAGAUCGAUUGAGGGCAUACUCUCGCACUGGAGUCUACCAGAUUGCUGUUGGCACAAAAGACUUGGACACCCAAAACUUGGCAGAAAUUGCAUCCUUGUCUAGAGAUCAGGUGGAGCGUGACCUAGAAUUCGCUGGUGUCUUGAAUUUUGCAAAUCAGCUGAGGGAAGACACACCAGAGGUCAUCAAACAACUCCAAGAAGCUGAUGUGCAGUCCAUCAUGCUGACAGGGGACAAUCUCCAUACUGGCAUCCACAUUGCACGCAAGUCCGGCAUUAUGGACAAGGACAAGAUGGUCUUGCUUGGUGUCCUCAACAAAGUAGGCGAUGUGGUCUGGAUGGCUGAAGAUGACACUGAAAUGGAGAAACCCAGCAUCAAGGAUUCAGCCAAGGAGCUAACUGUUGAGUUGAGCAUGUCAGGGGAGGCAUGGCAAGUCCUGCUCAACACUGACAAGGUGUAUGCCAUCGAAGUGGCUCCUUUCAUCCGAGUGUUUGGGCGUUGUUCUCCUUUGGACAAGGUGUCUGUUGUGGAUACAUUCACUUCACUUUCCUUCACCACCAUGAUGUGUGGUGAUGGUGGCAAUGACUGUGGAGCCUUGAGGGCAGCCCACAUUGGCUUGGCAUUGAGUGACAGCGAUGCUAGUGUUGUGGCUCCCUUGACUUCCUUGAACAAAGACAUUGCUGAUGUUCUAAAGGUUUUCAAGGAAGGUCGGGGAUCCAUGGCCUCAACCAUGGCGGCAUACAAAUAUGUGGUUGUAUAUGGAAAUAUCAGUUCAUACUGCCAGAUGGUGCUCUAUUACCUAGGUUUAUCCUUCUCAGAUUGGAUGUGGGUCUUCAUUGAUGUUGUGUGGACAGUUUCAUUUGCUCUGGCAAUCCCCCUUGCCAAACCAGCAUCAAAGUUGUCCAAAGCUCGACCCACUGCUUCUCUCCUUUCUCUCCAAACUGUUGGUGGUAUUAUUGGGAUGAUUGCCAUCAAUUUCAUCUUCACAAUCAUUGCUUUUCAGGUCUUGUACCAUGAGGAGUGGUACCAGUGCCGAAUUGGUGGUGCCGGCCUUGAAGCUGGCAAUGUCUUUGCUGCCAGUGAUAAUUACAAAGUCACCGUGCUGUUUCUCAUGGUUGGCAUCCAGCUAAUGGCAGCCGCAGCUUCCCUCAACUUUGGCUAUGAGUACCGCCAAGCUUGGUGGCGAAACUAUGUGUUUGCUGCUCUUGUCAUUGGCUACAUCACCAUCCACAUUGUCAUCACUCUCCACCCUGGCAAUCUUUCCUGCCUCUGGCGUAUCAACUGUGACAAUGACCACAUUGUAAGAAGUGUUUUGGACUCAGAACCAGCUCCCAUUGGAAACUUUUACAACAGUACCAUCAUGCCAAUGUCCUUCCGCAUCAAGAUUCUUGCCAUAAUGACAGCAAAUCUUGCUUGUGCGGUGGCAUAUGAGUAUUUUGUUGUAAAUGGAUGGUGGGAGCAACGCCGUGCCUUGUCCAAGAAGCUUGCCUUGCCCCCUGUCAAGAACCAACCAUCACAGCCAGGAGUCACCACUACUGUUUAG